AUGGCAGCAACAAACGUUAGAGCACAAUGCUCUAUCUGUAAUAAAGGAAAUACGACAUAUAUUUGUCGUGGAUGUUCAAAGGAUUUUUGUUUUCAACAUUUAACAGAACAUCGACAAAUUCUUGACGGACAGCUAAAUGAAAUCGUUAAUGAUCAUGAUCAAUUUCAACAAACUAUUAUUCAACAAAAACAAAAUCCACUAAAUUCUUCUUUAAUUCAACAAAUUAUUCAAUGGGAAAAAAACUCAAUCGAAAUAAUCCAACAAACAGCAGAAGAAUGUCGAGAAACAGUGAUGAAAUUAACACAAAAUUCGAUCACUGAUGUGGAAAAAAAGUUUAGUGAAUUGUCUCAAAAAUUAAAAGAAAUUCGUCAAGAAAAUGAAUUUAAUGAAAUUGAUUUAAAUCAUUUUCAAUUAAAAUUAGCACAAAUUACAGAAGAAUUUCUUCAACCACCCAAUAUUUCUAUUCGACAAGAUUCACAAGAAUUUAUCAAGAAAAUUUCAGUUAUUUCAUCAUUCGAACCAAUUCAAACAAAAAAGAAUCAAUUUCAACAAUUAGGAAUUACUGUUGCUGGAGGAAACGAAGGUGGACAGGAAUUAAACCAACUCUUUUACCCUCAUGGGAUCCUUACUGAUAAUGAUAAAUCGAUUUAUAUUGCUGAUUUUUCGAAUAAUCGUAUUGUUAAGUGGAAACUGAAUUCGAAUGAAGGUCAAAUCAUUGCAGGUGGAAAUGGAAAUGGAAAUCAAAAUAAUCAAUUGAAUUGUCCAAUAGAUAUAGUUUUUGAUAAAAGAAACAAUUCUUUUAUUAUUUCUGAUCAUGAAAACAAACGAGUAAUUCGAUGUUAUGAUCAAAAUCAAACAAAUCCACAAGUUAUUAUUUCAGAUAUCGUUUGUUGGGGUGUGACAAUUGAUAAAAAUGGAUUUAUUUAUGUUUGUGAUUCUCAGAAAAAUGAAGUUAGACGAUGGAAAGAAGGAGAUGAAAAAGGUGAAUUAGUUGCUGGUGGGAAUGGUAAAGGAAAUCAUCUUAAUCAGCUCAAUCAACCUACUUAUAUCUUUAUUGAUGAUGAUUAUUCUCUUUAUAUAUCAGAUCGUGAGAAUCAUCGUGUGAUGAAAUGGAAAAAAGAUGCAAAAGAAGGAAUCGUUAUUGCUGGUGGAAAUGGUCAAGGAGAUAGUCUCAAUCAAUUGUAUUAUCCUGGAGGAGUGAUUGUUGAUCAUUUGGGUCAAAUCUAUGUGGCAGAUUCUUGGAAUCAUCGAAUAAUGCGUUGGUGUGAAGAAGAUGCAGAAGGUGAAAUCGUUGUUGGUGGAAAUAGUUGUGGAAGUCAACCAAAUCAAUUGAAUUGUCCCAUAGACUUAUCAUUUGAUAAUGAAGAACAUCUUUAUGUUGGUGAUAAAGACAAUCAUCGAAUCCAAAAAUAUGAAAAAAUUUUAAAUUAA